CUUUUGCAACUCUCGAAAUUCAAGCGCGACUGGCUUCGCAACAUAUCUACGACAAACAACAAUGGCGAAUACGGAAACGGCGCCCGCACAGUACAAACAGCCCAGCCGCAAGGGUAAGAAGGCCUGGCGCAAAAAUGUGGACGUUACGGAGGUUCAGUCCGGCCUCGACGAGGUGCGGGAGCAGAUCAUCCAAGGUGGCGUUAUUGCAGAGAAACCUUCAGAAGAACUCUUCGCCGUCGACACUACUGGUGACGCCGACAUCCAAAAACGAGUCCUGAAGCGCCACAAGCCCCUCAAAGUCGACGAGAUCCUCGCUCAGCGCUCCGCUGUACCCGCCGUUUCCUCGAAGAAACGUCUGUCAGAUUUCGUCGAAGAGAAGAAGAGGAAGAAACCUAGAGUCUCGAACAAGGAUUAUGACAGGCUGAGGUCAAUUGCAUACGGAGGCGAGCAGGUACAGAAGGACGUCGUGCAGACGGGCGAUGCAGCAGAUCACGAUCCAUGGGCGAUGCAGGAGGCGCACAAAGACCCGAAGUUUUCAUUCUUGGAAGAGAAGAAGCCAAAGAAAGAGCCGGUCACGCUAAAACGCGCACCAGUGUCACUGGCAAAAAGCGGCAAAGCAAUUCCAGCAGUCAAGAAACCAGAAGCGGGCAAGAGCUACAAUCCCAACUUCAACGAUUGGCAGGAGCUCAUCACGAGGGAAGGUGACAAGGCGGUCGAGGACGAGAAGAAGCGACUGCAGGAGGCGAGAGAAGAGGCUGAGCGGUUAGAGCGAGCAUUAGCCGCGCCAGACUCAGAAUCGGAUGGCAACACGAGUGCAUGGGAAAGUGAGUGGGAGGGCUUCAGCGACAACGAUGAGAAUGACUUGAAGACGAAGAGGCCGGAGCGAAAGACCCAGGCUCAACGGAACAAGAUCAAGAGAAGGAAGGAGGCAGAGCGGUUGGCGAAGCAUGAAGCGAAGAUGAAGGCAAAGGAGCAGCAAGCGCUAAAGGUUAAGGAGCUCGCGAAGUCCGUGGAGGAGAGGGAGAAGGCUCGUGCAGCCGCCCGCGAAAUGGUUCUCGCUCCGAAAGACGACGAGUCGUCUGACGACGGAGACGAGGUCCUCCGUAAGAAGCGCUGGGGCAAGCAUCCUAUCCCAGAAGCUCCUCUCGAAGUCGUCUUGGCCGACGAGCUCCAAGAUUCUCUCCGCCGGCUAAAACCAGAAGGCAACCUACUCAAGGACAGGUUCCGAAGUAUGAUGGUUCGCGGCAAGGUCGAGCCGCGGAAGCAAAUCCCCUAUGCGAAGAAAAAGAAGGUUGUCGUUACAGAAAAGUGGUCGUACAAGGAUUGGAAAUUACAGUAAGCGUAUAUGUAUUGUCUCCAUUCAUCAGUUUCGGACUCUUCCUGCUAUUUACCCUCAAUUGUUCGUUCAGGUUUUGCCCCGACCUUCUCAUGCUUCAUACGUCAUGCUUCAGCCGUGGCGGCUGCGCCUUAAUACAUGCACUCCAAUGAGCUGCCAAUGGUGUCGCGACGCAAGGUUCCGUUUACAGGGGGCCUGCA